AAUCAUCUUGGCUAGGAAAUUUCGUUUUUCGCAUUGAGCCCGAGCUCGAGUAAAGUCACGUUAAGUAAGUGUAUUUAUGAACGAAACAUUGACGUGUUCUUAACGGAUUUCUGAACGAUAUUCUUAUGUCAAUUUGACAGCAGCUGUCUUAAACUAUAAUCACAAUCGGCCUCGGGGAGAAGAUUACACUGUUGUUCUACAAACUUGUUGGACGUAAAGCGUAUUAAUGACUAAAUUAAUACUUCAUAAUUAUACAAGUGGUAAAUGUGACUUUCAAGAUGAAGCUGAUAUGGUGUUUGUGUCUAGUAGUUUUGUGUACGCAUUGUACACAAGCGUCAACGCACUGGAUGGUAACUGAGAGCGGUUUGAUACAACCUAAGCUAGAAUCGCCGUUUGAAAUGGCGCGCCCUUACGACUUGUUAGCCUUUUUAAAUCAAGACACCCGCUGGGAUAGUAUCAUAAGCUUGUAUUAUGACCUCAGUAAAAGGAAGGAGGCUAUUAAAAUUCUUUGGGAAACAUUGGAGACAGAUAGUGAUGUAUCCACACAUCUAGCGGAGGAUGAGAACUGUGUGAAUGCUGGGCCAGUAAAUGUACUGGAUUGGUAUAAUUCUAUUCUAGAAGAUGGCCAAUCCAAGUUUAUUCCAGAAGACGAGUAUUGGCAAAAUAAUCCUUACUCUGGACAAGAAAGUUUUGUUCCGGACUGUAAAAAGAUAUCUUCUUUGACAUUUAGCAUGUUUGCUUUUGAGCAUUUAGAGGGUAUGAUCAAAAGAGAGAAUCUUAGCAUUGAUCCAGAGUUGACACUGCCAGAGCAGAUUUCUCCAAUCAUGACAGUUGACCAGUUUGGCACCUGGCUGGCGAACAUCCUGCAGCAGAACAGCUCCUCUUGGCUGCACUAUAACAUGGCUUCUCUUUACUGGAGGGUGCGGGGAAAUGCCCCAAAAGCCUUGGAGUGCUGUCGGCGUGCUGUGCAUUAUGCACCAAGGGAAUACAAAGACUUAGCCUUCUUAAGCAUGGGCACCAUACUCCAUCGCAGCAAAAUGACUGAAGAUGCAAUCACACUACUCCGAGCUGCUGUGGACCAUGACCCUGAUUUUGCACUUCAUCAUUUCAUGCUUGGCAAUGCUUACGGAGUCAUUGGUGACUUCAACAGUUCCUUGAAACAUCUGGAUAUGAGCUUGGAGCUGAACCCCUUGUCUGAACCGACAAUUAAGCAUAGAUACGGCAUUAUGUGUCAUGCUGGUUUGAUUCAUUAUAAGGAAAGAAUUCAAGACACAUUAGAUAAAUUACGUGAGGAGCUGGUGGAGUACAGUCAGAAAGAAGCCUAUUGGUUGGAUUUGCAAGCUUCAUUCCUGAAAACAAUGAAGUUGCCAGAGGACUAUGAUUUACGGCAUGUAGAAAACAACUAUGGCAAAAUGGGCGAAAUGACGGGACUGGAUUUUCGAGAGUUGAAAAAAUCUGGUGACAUGAACUCCCUCAUUAAACACUUCCUCGACGGCCCGUUGUAUAACGAUAAGUGGUUGCACGAUAAGGGUGUCCAUGCUUUAGACUCCUUGUACACCCUCCAGAGACUGAUAAGACACAUACAGAAGCACGCUAGCAUGGCUUCCGAUUUUGUAAUGCAAGCUGAACAAAUCAAAACCCCUGAUCCGAAAAUAAUGAAAGAGUUUGGGUUUAAAUUAAGCGACAUGAGAGCAACAGAAUUCGAAAAUGAAGUCAAAAUACUGAAAGGCGAACUUCGUUUAGGGGGCGAUAAAAAGACGUCUAGUCCGAUAAGUCAAGUCAAAAGCCAAAUUGAGGAUGAAGAAUUCGAAUAUGAAGGAGGAGUAUUCUUAUAUCCGCCGACGAUGAAAGUGAGCCGUAACACGGAGGAUUUCGACAGGGACUCGGACUGGCCGACGAACAAAUUCUGCUCGGAAUUCGCGCAUAAGUUCCCAAAAAACCUGGAAACUAUAUUUCCAGUUUUUUUGCCAUUUGAAAAUAAAGGGAUUAGCCUAGGGAAGUUGCUGACAGACAAGCUGGGCGUGCCGGCCGAGACCGAGCACGAGUUGCCGUGGCACCCGCCCACGUGCCCGCACGACAACCACGCGGCCACGUUGACGCAGAAGCGGCCCGGGAAGCAACAACUGAGCGAGGUAGUAGGUACAGGAUAUCUGCGACAGAAGCUUUUGGAGUACGUGGGUGACGGCGACUUGCACGCCGUCCAACAUAUGCAGGACGCAGAGAUUGGCCAGCGGAUCUACGCUGCUAUACAAAAAAAACUUGCUCCAAAAUGGCUUCUCUACACGCUGGCGUCCUUAUACUGGCGUGUUCGCGAAAAUAACGGCAACGCGUUGCAUUGCCUGGCAAGCGCGGGCCGCACCGUGCAGGCGCGGUACAAGGACAUCGUGCUCACGUCGCUCGCCUCGCUGUACCUCGAGAUGGGGCACUUUGACGAGGCGUUGCUGGCGGCCGAGGAGGCCUUUCGGUUGAGCCUUUACGAGCCAGCAACAAACUUCAUGCUGGCCUCACUGAACAUGGUGAAGAAGCACCGCAGUACGCACAUAUUCCACUUGAAGCAGACGGUGCGCGUGGAGCCUGGCUUCAUGAACGGGCUCGCCCGCGGCCUGCUCGACGCCUGGUCGUGUGUGCUCAGAGAGGCCAGGGCCCAGGCCAGCAAGGUCCAUGAGAUAGAGUUCGGCGAGGCUGAGCUGACAGACGUUUGCCUGGUGUGCGAGAAGGGCGGCACCAACUGCCACAUGAGCAACAUCCACUGCUACAACAGCCGCGAACGAGAUAGUGGUUCUCAAUUUCGACCGUUGGAACCUAAGAGUGUUGACAUGCAAUCCUCGGUCGACCACAUCGACGGCCAUAUAUUCGAGCCCUUCAUGACCAACAUGCCCGCUGACAGAAAAGAGAUACUAGCUCAUCAUCACAACUUCGAGAAGAUGCGGCAAAUAGUGGACAGUGCAUUACAUGGAUGUGGAUCGAAAGGAUGCAAUAAUAUUCAACCGGAAGAUUUGGCUUUGAAAGAGGAGGAUUGCGUAUACCAGAAGUUACAGUUGGGGCAUUGGCUUCACAUUAUUAACUUCAGAUCUUUUGACAGUGAUAGCGAUCUCAAAUUGCCACCUGAGAUUCCAUCUUUAACGCCAUCUAGUAGAAAAGUUCCAGAAUGUCGCCUCUUUUCCGAUCUGUCACAAGAUUUCUUUCUGGAGAGGCUCAGUCGGAUUGACACCCACAACUGGGAGCCUAUUUUUACUCUAAUGCAUAAAUUUGCUGAGUACUUUGAAUACUUCGACUAUAGCAACUUGGGAGCCAAGAUAGCUAAAUAUGUGGAUACACAACCGCGCACUUGGCUCGGCGCGCUGGCGGCUGGCUGGUGGUGCGGCGCGGGCGGACACGGCGCGUGCGCGGCGCGCUGCCUCGCCGCCGCCACAACGCUCGCGCCCGCGCAAUUCGCACCUCUCCCGUUGCGCGCUUUUACGCAGCUGCUGCAUAUGCAAUCGAAACACAAAGACGCUAAAGAUGUUGCAUAUCUGGCUUUCUACAUGUCACCGAAGAGUAAAGUGGAAGCGUUCCUGAUAGCCGUGUCUCAUUCUUACAUGGAGGAGUACGAUCAGGCAGUGUGGAUGUAUCGCUACGCUCUGAGUUUCGAUGAGAAGUUCCUCCCCGCCAAGGCGUGUCUCCACGCCACUAUGUGCCUCAUGCUCUUUGGAGAGAGCGCCAAGACCAAACCUAAAGAAGACUAAGAAAAACAAACUUUAUCAGCUUAGAAAUUAAUUAAAAGUUGAAAAUUUCAUUGUCAUUGGUGGGACUUGAAUCACGGAUUAUAUAUUAGUUCUUACGAACAGAUACUUAUCUCUCAAAGAAAACGCAAAUACCUACCGUUUUGAUGCCUACACAAAAAUACAAUGGAAUGACCUUCAACGCGCCGCUCCCCGCAUCGCGCGCAGCGGCGCAGCGCUAGGGUUGCCUACGCUUAGAAAUUAUUUUACAAAUAAGUAGGUAUACACACACCAACAGCCGAAGGUAACAGCGGAGUGAAAUAAACACACACAGUAAAAUAAAAUCUAUAUCUUAUUUGUAUCACACUUGGCCGGCAGGUUCCGCUUUACCUACACACUAUUAAAGAGAAAAGGCUGGUUUUUGUGUCGGCUAGUACUUUGCGACAGUAGGUAUAACGAUGAUGCCUACCUACUUUAAGUACAAAUAUAAGUAAUAUUUAAUUCAUGUCAAAAUCGGCCUCGAAUUCUACUGAUUAAAUUAACAUUUAAUCUUGCAGUUAGGUAUACCACACAUAACAGCAUUGCGUAAAAUAACUUUAGGUAUAAGCAAGUUAAGUUGCAAUCUUUAUAAUAUUUUGUUUAUGCGUUUAAUUCCGAUGAAACAUUUUAAAAGGUCAUAUGUCCCUGCAGUAACCGCAGUGUUUACGCCGUUUUACGAAUCGCGCAAUGAACUUAGCAAGAAUUUGUUGUAAAAAUUCGUGUAGUUAAAAACCAGAUAGAUAUUAACGUUACACAAUGAAUAAAAAUAAUAGAAAAAGCAUGAAUAUAGGGCGCAUAGACAAGAUGCCUAUCGUUCACGCUCCGUAUCGUAACGUAGGUAGUUAUUUCUCUCUAUCACUCUUCCAUAUUAGUGCGACAGAGACAGUUGCGUUUCGUUCGCUACGGAGCGUUAACGAUUGGCGUCUUGUCUACACACCCAGGUAAUUAUAAGAUAACCAGGGCGUAAACAAUAUAUUUAAAUGGCAGUGAGUACAUACUGCCAUUGAAAGAAACAUAUAAGUACCCAAAACGUUAGUUACGUACGUUAACGUUAUAUACCUUGUACCAAAUCUAACUAUACAUGAUUGUGUCGUAAAAAACACAACAUCUCUAAAGAAAUUCAAUACACACGUAAAACUAUCGAAAAUAAUAACAGUAGGUAUAAGUAAGUAUAUCGAGAAUGUCUACCUACUUAUUUUUCCUCAUCUGUCGAAAGAACAAUAGCGAUAUUUUUUUUAUGUUUCUGCAUCCAUCCACUUACACACAAGCCGUAAUAUUUGUUCGUGACCAAGACAUUUCCUUCGCACAAUAAGAGCGCGCGGUGACGUGCGUCCGUGAGCGCGCGUGGCCACCAACUGGCUGACUUUUGUACCGUAGACGGGAUGAGUUUUGUAUGCAUGAAUUCGGGCUCACGCGGAGAGUUCCAUAGGCCCUUGAACCCACGACCACUAAUUACCACGACACGACACGACUACUCUUUUAAUUUAUUUCUAAGCUUAAUACCAUCGUUUGCAGACGUUUCUACUUGAUACAAAAUUAAAAUGUAUCAGAAUUAAAACAGAUUAUCGUUUAGCCAUUUUAAGUUUGAAUACAGUAGAACCUCGACAAAGCGACAUACUUGUUUAAAUAAAAUGCUUAUAAUGUCGUUCCUGUCACCCUACUCGUACACGUCCAUAAAUCGAUGCAUUUGCCGCGACAGCCGCCGCAGCCGGAAGGCGGAAGCGGCCCCUCAUACCCACCUGACGGGGGGUAUCGAAAGACAUCCAGUCCAUCGAUGCAUUUUACCUUGCUCAAGAAACCAUCGAAGUCCGUCAAUGUCAGUACAGUUUCCUUAGAAGAAAAAAUAGGAUUAGAUACUCUUUAUCGGGGAAGAAUAGAGAAGAUUGGUUUAUGAGCUCUACUGGUAAGAAAAAAUAUCUAACGCAAUAAUUAAAAUCUCAUACCUACACCUUUUCUAUCUUAGUAGAUUUUGUAUUUUGU